CUGUCACUUAUUAAAAAAACAACUGCAUAUGCUGGUUAGGUAUGCUUUGAGGCUGGGGUGCUGGAUUGAGUUGGUCCUUUGCUUGUUUAAGACGGUCUUUUGCUGGCCUUGAUCUGUCCGGACCAGGACAUGACCAGCUAAUGACCAGCUUGAACCAGCUCAAAAACAUACCUAUCCAGCAUGUGCUGUUUUUUUUUCCAAUAUGGUGGUUCUACAAUAAUCUAUGGUUGCUAUGGUUAAACCAAGGUAACCACAAAUUAACCAUUUACACUAAUGUUUGCAAAUAAGGGUGAUGUAUGAAAUCGUAGCUCCUGAUCAUUAUCGUUGCAGCUUGUGGCUUGUAAUCCUGUAGCUGUGCUUUCGCUCACAAUGGGUAUAAAUGGAAAACCUUUCUGUAGACCUUGCAGUAAUUACUUUCAGUUUAUGCUGCUCUGUGUGUGAACGUUAUGAUACAUGCUUUGAUAUUUGGCAGGUUUAAGAUGUGGAGGUUCUCUCAUUUUAGCUGGCUAACAAGCUGGUCAAGUUGAAGUUGUUAGCUAGUUAAAAUUGACCAGCUAAAUCAGCCAAACACCAUCUUUGCCAGGCGAGAAGAACAUCUAGACCACCAGUUUGGUCCCAUUGGAAGUCGAACUAACUUUUUUAAACCACCAGAGAGCCCUGGUAAGUUAGUAUUGUAACCACUAUCUGUUUUUUUUUUUCAGUUUUCUCAACAAGAAUUAAAUAACUGCAGGAGCAUCACCUGUUUGCAGGUAAGUACAGUGUUCUUCUUCAUCGGUGGGACACACAAACAGGUUUGUAAUCCCUUAUCUUUGCUUCUCUUGGCUCACAAGGGGUAUUAAUGGAAAAUCGGUUACCGGUUGGUUGCGAUUCAUUGGUCAGUCCUUCAUUAAGUAAUGUGAUUAGCAGUCAGUGGGAGGAUGCAACAAACAUGACGUCAACAGAGCCUGCCCUAAUCUGCAAAACACAGAUUUCAUAGUUUUCAAGUUUUCUCCUACUAUUUUUCCUCUAGUUAAAGCUUUUGAUUGAUAAAUGCAUUGAGUUCUUUCACUUUUAUAGCGUGGAAAAGGGAAAGCCACAGCCAUCUGCCUCUCAGUGUGGAUGGCCGCAUCUUAAUCCAGAUUAUGGCUGCAGCAUAAAGGUUUUUUUUUUCUUUUUUCUGGCCGCCAUUACCAGUCAACAGUGCGCCCUUGAUAACAGACAGGCAGGUCGGUUAGCCUAGCUCCAAUUAUACCACCAGCAAUCCAUCCGAGGGACUUCUCUGGACUUUCACCGAAAGAUACCAGGAAAUCGCAACUCGACGUCAAGCUUGAGAAUCCAGCGGGGUAAAAAAUAAUGGCAUUUCUAAUCAAAAGUAUGGUGGGGAACCCACUGAAAGGAAUGGGAUUCGGUGGAGGAGAGGAAAAGGCUGAGGAGGAGACCCCCAAGGACCCUGCAGCGGCUGCCGGUAUGACUAGAGAAGAAUAUGAGGAGUACCAGAAACAACUAGUGGAGGAGAAAAUGGAAAGAGAUGCAGACUUCUUGCACAAGAAAGCGGAGAGGGCCACUCUGAGGGUUUGUCUGCGAGAAAAAUACAGACUUCCCAAAAGCGAGCAGGACGAUAACAUGAUCCAGAUGGCUGGAGAUGACGUGGACGUUCCCGAGGAGCUGCUGAAGAUGGUGGAUGAGGAUGCCACGGAGGAGGAGGAGAAGGACUCCAUCCUGGGGCAGAUGCAGAACUUACAGAACAUGGACAUGGAUCAGAUAAAAGAGAAAGCCAGUGCUACGCUGACGGAGAUGAAGUCCAAGGCCGAGGAGAAGUGUUCCGUCAUGUAGAGGUUUAGCAAAUUCACACCUGAAUGCAAACCAGGUCGGGUUUUUGAAACGGUUUGGAUACAAAAACCAGGUCGGGUUUUUGAAAUACAGUACUUUUUUGACAUGUCUUUAAAUUAAAUUGAAUUUGAAGGCAUGCCAGAGGAAGUUCUACAAGAAAAAAAAAAAGCUGCAAGAUUCUGGCUCUAGAUCAGCUUUUCAGCUUCUCUUGCUUGGCUCCCAAUUUCUCCGUAGGACUUUUUCUAUCGUAUUUGUUGUUUGAAUGAACGAUGUUGUAGUCUAUUUCCUCCUCUUCGUUUUUUUUUUUGUUGUCGCAAUAUUACCUGUAAAUAUAUCUAACAAACAUCUAACUUGAACCUGAGGCGGAGAAGCUAUGUUUAAAUCCCCCUCCUGCUUUUUUGCACAAGGGAUGAGAUGAAUGUUAUUCUGUUAUUUCUUGUUCAUCGGCACGUAUGAUGUUGUAAUGCUCGUUAGGAUUCUUUAUGUAUUAAGUUUUUAUGUGAGGUAAAUAGGCAUGAAUCGGAUUGUAAACAGAUUAAACGCACGAAUA